GUAAGAAAGCAGAGAUAGAAGAAUGGAUGCACUGCAUGAGCAUCAGCAUGUUCUGGAAACAAACAGUUAAUUUGCCAUUAAUUUAAAACUUCAAAACUCAUUCACAACCACCAUUAAACCAUGUCCACUGUUCAUCUCAAUCUCUCUGUGUCUCUCUUCCUUUAACUGUGGAAAGCGCAUUCUUCAAUCUCAGGACAGAAUUUUCAGAACACUCUUCACCGUGUUUUGGUAAUUGAUAGGAAAGGGUGAUACAUGAAGAGGAGAUACUGUUAUUGGUGAUAGAUAUUCUUGAUUGAUUCUUCAGAGUGUGUGUGUGUUGUGUGUGUGAGAGAGAGAUAGAGUUAUGGCAUGGCUUAGAGUUGCUUCCAGCAUAGCAAAACAUGAAGCAAUUAGGAGAAAUCUCUAUGGAGGUGGAGCACUGUAUUGUGGGAAAAGAACCACCACAGUCCUUCCAUCAACAAGUAGAAUUAGAAACUUACACAGCACAGUUUUCAAAUCCAGAGAACAAACUGCUCCUGUUCCUCGCCCCGUGCCCCUUUCUAAACUAACAGACAAUUUCUUGGAUGGGACAAGUAGUGUCUAUUUAGAGGAGCUUCAAAGGGCUUGGGAAGCUGAUCCAAACAGUGUUGAUGAGUCCUGGGACAAUUUCUUCAGGAACUUUGUGGGUCAGGCUUCUACCUCCCCUGGAAUUUCUGGACAAACAAUUCAGGAGAGUAUGCAAUUGCUGUUGCUGGUGAGAGCAUACCAGGUUAACGGCCACAUGAAAGCCAAGCUAGAUCCUUUGGGUCUGGAAGAACGAAAAGUCCCUGAUGAGUUAGACCUUGCCUUUUAUGGAUUCACCGAGGCUGAUCUUGACAGAGAAUUCUUUCUGGGGGUGUGGAAGAUGUCUGGGUUUUUGUCUGAGAAUCGUCCUGUGCAGACUCUGAGGUCCAUUUUGACACGGCUUGAGCAAGCCUACUGUGGAAGCAUUGGGUAUGAGUACAUGCACAUACCGGAUCGUGGGAAGUGUAAUUGGCUUAGGGAUAGAAUUGAGACCCUUACACCAACACAGUAUAAUCGUGAGCGUCGUGAGGUUAUCUUUGAUAGGCUUGCCUGGAGUACACUUUUUGAAAAUUUCUUGGCCACCAAGUGGACAUCUGCAAAGAGAUUUGGGCUUGAAGGGGGAGAGAGUAUUAUUCCUGGUAUGAAAGAAAUGUUUGAUCGAGCAUCUGAUCUUGGGGUUGAGAGUAUUGUUAUGGGAAUGGCACAUAGAGGAAGAUUGAAUGUUUUGGGUAAUGUAGUUCGGAAGCCACUUCGUCAGAUUUUCUGCGAGUUUAGUGGUGGACAACCUGCGGAUGAAGCUGGACUCUACACAGGAACUGGUGAUGUUAAAUAUCACUUGGGAACAUCCUAUGACCGACCAACAAGGGGUGGGAAGAGGAUACAUCUGUCAUUGGUGGCAAAUCCUAGUCACUUGGAAGCAGUGAACCCACUUGUUGUUGGAAAAACUCGAGCGAAGCAGUAUUACUCAAAUGAUAAGGACAGAAUGAAGAACAUGGGGGUUUUGAUUCAUGGAGAUGGUAGUUUUGCUGGACAAGGUGUGGUCUAUGAAACACUUCAUCUUAGUGCUCUUCCAAAUUACACUACUGGUGGGACUAUACACAUUGUGUUCAACAACCAAGUUGCAUUUACAACCGACCCCAAAUCAGGAAGAUCUUCACAGUACUGCACUGAUGUUGCCAAAGCCUUAAAUGCUCCCAUCUUUCAUGUGAAUGGUGAUGAUGUGGAAGCUGUUGUUCAUGUCUGUGAACUUGCAGCUGAAUGGCGCCAAACUUUCCAUUCGGAUGUGGUUGUUGACUUGGUUUGUUACCGUCGAUUUGGCCACAACGAGAUUGAUGAACCAUCUUUCACACAGCCUAAAAUGUAUAAGGUCAUCCGAAACCAUCCAUCAGCUCUUGAGAUCUACCAGAAAAAGCUUUUGGAAUCUGGGGAGCUGAGACGAGAAGACAUUGAUAAGAUACAUAAAAAGGUGACAUCAAUUCUAAAUGAUGAAUUUUUAGCUAGCAAAGAUUAUGUUCCGAAAAGAAGAGAUUGGCUUUCAGCAUAUUGGUCUGGUUUCAAGUCACCCGAACAAAUUUCACGCAUCCGGAACACUGGGGUGAAACCAGAGAUCUUGAAAAAUGUAGGGAAAGCAAUCACGCUGUUACCUGAAAAUUUUAAUCCCCAUAAAGCGGUGAAGAGAAUUUAUGAACAGCGUUCCCAAAUGGUUGAAACAGGAGAAGAUAUUGACUGGGGAUUUGCUGAGGCUCUUGCUUUUGCAACAUUGAUUGUUGAAGGAAACCAUGUUCGGUUAAGCGGUCAGGACGUUGAAAGGGGAACGUUUAGUCAUCGCCAUGCUGUAGUUCAUGAUCAGACAACUGGAGAGAGAUAUUGCCCCCUUGACCAUGUCAUAAUGAAUCAAAAUGAAGAGAUGUUUACUGUUAGUAACAGCUCACUUUCUGAGUUUGGUGUUCUUGGAUUUGAAUUGGGUUACUCAAUGGAAAAUCCAAAUUCAUUGGUGAUCUGGGAGGCUCAGUUUGGUGAUUUUGCUAAUGGGGCUCAAGUUAUAUUUGAUAAUUUCUUGAGUUCUGGUGAGUCUAAGUGGCUCCGUCAGACUGGGCUUGUUGUGUUACUCCCUCAUGGUUAUGAUGGACAAGGACCUGAGCAUUCAAGUGGAAGACUGGAACGCUUUCUUCAGAUGGCUGAUGACCAUCCUUAUACUAUUCCUGAGAUGGAUCCUACUCUUCGGAAACAAAUUCAGGAGUGUAAUUGGCAGAUUGUGAAUGUUACAACUCCUGCAAAUUUUUUCCAUGUUUUACGUCGGCAGAUACACAGGGAUUUCCGCAAACCUCUUAUAGUAAUGUCCCCUAAGAACCUGCUUCGUAGUAAGGUUUGCAGAUCACAUUUAUCCGAGUUUGAUGAUGUUCAAGGACACCCCGGUUUUGACAAACAGGGAACCAGAUUUAAGCGUCUCAUAAAAGACCAAAAUAAUCACAAGGACGUUGAAGGGGGUAUAAGACGUUUAGUACUUUGCUCUGGAAAGGUUUACUAUGAACUUGAUGAACAGCGAACAAAAGAAGAUGCAAAGGAUGUUGCAAUAUGUAGGGUGGAACAGCUCUGUCCUUUCCCUUAUGAUCUUGUCCAACGAGAGCUUAAACGAUAUCCAAAUGCGGAGGUUGUGUGGUGUCAAGAAGAGCCAAUGAACAUGGGUGGAUACACAUAUGUUUUACCUCGGCUCGUAACUUCCAUGAAGGGUGUAGGUAGAGGAGGCUAUGAAGAUGUUAAAUAUGCUGGUCGUGCUCCUUCUGCAGCAACAGCUACUGGUUUCCUCAAGGUUCACCAUAAGGAGCAGGCUGAGCUAGUUCACAAAGCCAUUCAACCAGAACCAAUCAAUUUCCCUUACUGAGCCACACCAUAUUCAUGGUUUCUGCACCAGUUUUAAGCCACUAUCCAUUUGAUAGUGUCUAUAAUUUAGAUUUCACCAUGGGUAAAGGGUUUAUCCAAUUGUUUUAGCAUAUAGCUAUGUUGUUCCCCCUGUUGUAUUGAUCCUUUGUAAUAGUCUUUCAUAGGUUUUAUACUCUUAUUUAUGCAUUAGUUUGGAAUAUCUUUCUCGGUUACCAGACCUUAAUUUGAGUCAUUUCUUAAGUCCCACAUAGGUUAUAGUAGAUAACAGUCACUUGAUAUUGCAUUAUAAAAUGAAACUCCUAGCAUUGUCCAACUCAUACCUUUCUCGGCCUUUUGGCUAAGAUCAAGUGUAGUAUCUGUUCUUAUCAGUUUAAUAUCUGAUAUGUGGGCCAAUGGUCCACACGAUAUUAAAUUAAUUUUUUAAAUGGGGAAGGGCCACAACAGUAGCUUGCUACUGGGUCCUUCAAGUGUCGCUCUUGUGUUGCACUACAGCAUGGGCCUGGCACACCCUUCAAG